AAAUCACAAGUAUUGUCCGCAGUCUUCUCCUUCCUUCCUUCAUUCCCUCUCCUCCCUCCCUCUUUUCUAUCAUCACUUCUUUCUACGGCGACUCGAUUUCUCACUCGGGGCAGCCCUAAAAUGCUGUCAGAUUUUCGUUCCAAUUCUCCCUCAGAUCAUCAUCUUCAACCCUCCCCAAAACCCAAAUCCUCCUAUCACUUCUUCAGGAACUCCUACAAUUCUUUCCAAUCCCAAAUCGCUGCUCAUCCACGUUUCUGGCUCCUUUCUGGUUUUCUCUUUAUCCAGCUUCUCGUCGUUUUCUUUACUCGGAAUUCGCCGCUCUCUUUCUCUUCUCAUGCGCAGGUUCAGCUCCAUGUCCCCCCUCAAACGAUUACGCUCCCCGCCGCCGUGGCUCAGCCGCCCAAGGACGGAGGAGGAGGAUGUGAGUACGGUAGGGUUUAUGUGUACGAUUUGCCGCCGAUGUUCAACGAGGAUUUGGCUUUGAAGAAUUGCACGGAUCUGCAUCCUUGGCUAUGGCAAUGCGGGCUGAAUACUAAUGAGGGGUACGGGAUGAGGGCGACGGAGAUGGCCGAGAUCUUGCCGAGGAAAUUGGCGAAGGCGUGGUAUCGGACGAAUCAGUUCUCGUCGGAGGUUAUAUUUCACCACCGGCUCCUGAAUUACCGGUGCCGGACGAUGGAGCCGGAAUCGGCGACGGUGUUCUACAUUCCGUUCUACGCCGGGCAGGCCGUCGGGAAAUAUUUGUGGAUCGACGAUAUUGAGAAGCGCGAUUUGCGGUGUAAUAUGAUGUUGAAGUGGGUCCAGAAUCAGACGUAUUGGAGGAAAUCCAACGGCUCAGAUCAUUUCCUAACCAUAGGGCGAAUCACGUGGGAUUUCCGCCGUUUAAUGGAUGCGGAACAGAAAUGGGGCUCCAGUCUCCUCAACCUCCCGGCGAUGGCGAAAGUCACGCGCUUCAUCAUCGAGAGAGCCCCGUGGGACGCGUACGACGUCGGCGUGCCUUACCCCACCGGAUUCCACCCCAGCUCCGAGUCACAGCUCCGCCAGUGGCAGCGCUUCGUGCUCACGCGCAACCGCACCAGCCUCUUCACCUUCAUCGGCGCCACACGCGCCGACAUCGCCGGCGACUUCCGCACCCUCCUCAUCCAAUACUGCCGCAACGAGUCCGACGCGUGCCGCGUCAUCGACUGCGCCGUCACUCAGUGCUCCAACGGCUCCUCCGCGAUCCAAUCCUCCUUCCUCAGCUCCGACUUCUGCCUUCAGCCCAAAGGCGACAGCAUGACCCGGCGGUCCGUCUUCGACUGCAUGAUUGCCGGUUCAGUCCCGGUUUUUUUCUGGAAAAAAACCGCUUACGAUCAGUACCAAUGGUUCUUACCGGAGGACCCGGAAAGCUACUCGGUUUUCAUCGACCACGACGCCGUGAGGAACGGGACGUCCAUCCGGGGAAUCCUGGAGCAGUACAGCAAGGAAGAUAUCAGGAAAAUGAGGGAAAAAGUGGUGGAAAUCAUACCCAAAUUAGUGUAUGCGAGGCCCAAAGAGGGGCUGCCCAAGGUGAAAGAUGCGUUUGAUAUUGCGGUUGAAACUUUUAUGAAAAGAAUCAAAGAGGAGAAGGAUUGGAACGAGUUCGUGAAUGACAUUGAAGAAAGAAGAUGACUGCAAUUUUUCUGCAAUGUGGAGAGUCAUGUAUAUACUGCUACUCCACUCCCUGUUGUUUGUGCUUCUUACGAUUACUUCUGCAAUUUCCUUUUUCGUUUUUUUUUUCAGAUAUUAAAUAUAUAUAAACUAUACCCAUAACUAGAGUAUAAUUGAGCAGAAAUUAUUUUUUCCCAAUACAAGUUUGCAGAGACAAUGGAACCAAGAGAUUGUUUGCUUGAUUUUGCAAGCUUUGGAUUGAAUUGAUGAUUUGUGUUUCAGAAUUAUGAUGAGCAGUGUUGAAGAGAAUUGUUGCUCUUGUCACCAAGAGCUUUGGUAUAUCUGGAUUGAGAUUUGAGAAUGAGAUUCAACCCCUAAUCAGUAUUUACAAGCA